AUUAAGGCCGGAAAAGCAAUCUCGAUCCACUAACAGCCUACUACUGGUAGGUAAACCUGCCGUCUGGGAAUCGAGCCCAGGUCCUCUCGCUUGCGAGGCGAGCACGCUAACCACUACGCGACGGGAAACGUUAUGUCGGGCAGAAGGUGAUGGGUUCAAGUCCCAUGUCGGAAUUGCUAGACUGUGUUUGCCUCUCCAGGCUGCCGUAACAUGGCUGAACACCCGGUGCUGGUGGUGGCGUACGGGCUGCUCGUGUCCUGUGGGAUCCUGGGCAACUCCGCCGUCAUCAGCGUCACAAUGGACAGCACUUGCGAGAGGAACCGUCUCUCCUCGUCCGACCUCAUUCUGAUCAACAUCGCAGUGGCCAACCUGCUGCUGUCCUUGACGAGGAACAUACUGCUGACCUUGGAUGCCGGUCUCCCCGUCUCUUUCUCCAGCGAGGGCUGCAGGCUGAUGAUGUUCGUCUGGACCUGGCUCAGGUCAACCAGCAUCUGGGUGACCCUCAGCCUGAGUUGGUUUCACUUUGUCACGGUCAGAACCAGCCGGGGAGCCCUGGAGAGGCUAAGCGAGAGGAGGCGGGUCAUCGCCCUCAUGGCGGCGGAGUGGGGAGUCAACCUGGUCUAUUCCGGCUUUGCCCUGGGCUACUCCUCCAACUCGACCAACAGCACCAACCACCUGGCCGUGAUCAGCAGCACCAUCCGGCCUCUGCUGGGCUGCGUCUGGACAUUCCCAACCAAACAGAGCGGUUUCAUCUACGCGCUGGUGUCCGUGGUGGUGCAUGAGGCCAUUCCAGUCGUCCUAAUGCUCUACGCCAACGCAGGCACUUUGCUCUUUCUGUACCAACAUCACAGGAAGGUCCAGGACUCUCAGCUCGCAGGGGGCGACCGCAUUUCCCACGAGUGGAGAGCGGCCAAAACCAUCCUGUAUCUGAUCGGCCUGUUCGUCUUCUGCUGGGGAACUCACGUGCUGUCCGUGAACUAUUAUAACUUCAAAGGAAGCCCUUCAACCCAUUAUCUACUGGUCAUAGCCAGGUUUUCUGCCUCUGGGUUUAUAGGGCUUUACCCCUUGGUGGUGGCGAUGGGGCACAGCAAGCUCAAACACAGGCUGAAGAACAUCCUAAAGUGUCUUUGUCCGUAGCACACGCGGCAAUAUCGACAACUGCGUUGUCAGAUAUUAGCGGCUAUGAACAUAAUAAUCCUUGCAUUUGAUAUCGUGCCUUUCACAUCGGGAGGACGUCUCAAAGUGCUUCACAGGAUUCCCCGGGCAGGGCCAAAGUUUAGUCAAGUUUCUUUUACUUCACGCGUCCCUGUUUACCAAGCAGUAAGUUGG